UACGCGGAGUGAUCGGCGAGGAAGGCAAAGAGGAUCGUCCCCACUUAACACCGGCGAUAAAAGUUCUAUAUAACUGUGUUGUGUGUAGUUGUAAUUUCAUUUAAGUGCGCGAGCCCCCAAACUAGGGUCCAUUGCUUUUUUUAGCAUGAAUAUAGGACCCUCCACGAGCUUGCCACGCGGCAAGUUUGAAAAGGGCGGGAACGCAGAAACUAAGGGUAAGAUAUUUCAAAUUAAUUUGAUCACCUUCUGUCUCUUAAAGGCUUUCGAGAAGUUGAAAAACUGGAGGCUAUCGCCAGAAAACCAGCUAGCUGGAAAAUUCGACGAUGUAGUCUUAGAAUGUAGCGAAGGGGCCGUUUUAAUACAAACAAAAUAUAAAAAAAAUAAGAAAGUCACCUUUGAAGAACUGCUUGCUACCAACUCCAAAGACAACAACUUUAGUCUGGCCAAGUAUUUUCUGUCAUAUCAAAAAGACAAGUCUAACUUUCGAGUAAAGAAUGCUAUCAUAUGUACCAACGCUUCUAUCGUGGUAGAUGGAGACAACCAGAAAUUUUUAAACAGACAAAUUGCCACUUCCGAGAGCAUAUUAUACUGCCCAGGGCACGUCUGUUGGUUUUACACGUUCAAUGAAACGAUUGUACCCGUUUUAAAAAAACGAAUAAAAGAGACCAAGAACAUCGACGAAGGAAUAGCCACAGACGACAAUAUUAGAGAUUUUCUGGAGCACUUCCAGUUUUACUACGAUUAUCCCUGCGGGACAGACCUGAGAAGCGCCACGGAACUGUUGUUGUCCUACGUAAGACUGUCAAAGAACGUUUUUAAUAAAACCACCCUGCAAGAUAUACAUUUUAAAGUGAAAGAAUGGUUUGAACGUCCGAGAGGCCCAUGCGAAUACUUAACGGAAGACGGAGUAAAGGCGAUGUUUUCAGAAAAUAACGCUUUAACCGUUCCGCAGCCUGACACGUUUCAAAAGACUGGAGACGCUGGGAUGAAGAGCACGACGUUUCACAUCCAAAUAAUCACCCUGUGCUUUUUAAACGCGUUGGGGAAAUUCAAAGAUUGGAAGCUAUCGUUCAAGAAUAGGCGAAUGGGAAAAUUUGAUGAUAUCGUCUUGGAACGGCCAGACGAAGUCCUUUCGAUACAGACCAAAUAUAAAGAGGGUAAAAUUUCAUACAGCGAACUCCUCUCUACCAGCUCGAAAAAUAACUUUUCUUUGGUCAAGUAUUUUCUACAGUAUCGAGAAAUUAAGGCGGAGUACCGAGUGGCAAACGUUAUCAUAUGCAGCAAUGCCGCUAUCAGGGCCGAUAAUGACACACAAAAGUAUUUAAAAAGACAAAAAGCCACUCGUGGGAGUUUAUUAUAUUUGCAAGGACCCGACUCAUUUUUUUACACGUUCGACGAGACGUUUAUACCUAUUUUGAAGGAACGCUUAGAGAAUCACCUGGAAACAGUCAAGGAAGAGGAAAUAAGAGAUUUUUUGGAACACUUACGACUUUAUUGCGAUUAUCCUAUGGACCUAAAAAACAACAUGGAAGAGGAGUCGCUGCGUGGUUUCAGGCGGUACGGUAAUAUUUUCCACAACGUAACCCUCCAAGAUAUAAUUUUUAAAGUGGGGGAAUGGUUCGAGCACCCGCAGGGAGAGUGUGAAUACUUAACGGAAAGCCUAGCCAAGACGAUGAUGUCAGAAAUAAGGAGCCGCAAAUACAGCGAAGAGUUAGACCAAUACAAAGUGCUGUUCGACAGUAAUAAAGUGGCGUUCGACGAUACGAAGACAAUAUUUUACCUGGCUACCGGAAAGGAGUACUUGUUACACGUAGUAAAGAUUUUUCGUGCCCUCCAACAUAACGGAAUAAAGGCUCUGUACGUCGAUCCCAAUGAGGACCUAGAUGUUAAGAUGCAAGUAAUAGAGGCGUUCGAUCGUCCUUGUCACGAAAUUUUAGUAAUUACUAGGCCAGAGCUGCCUCCGUUUGAUGUAAUCAUGGAAGUAUACGCGAAGAUAAGAGGAACUUUGGAGAAGUACGCAUACAAAAAAAUCCUGCUUGUAGCCAAAUAUGACGAUAAGUUAAUUCCACGACUUGGAAUCGAAAAUAUUUCUCAGACUAUUAAAGGAUGGGUCACUUUCGACGACUUCCUAUCAGAGACACAAACAAACUUAUUAAAAAAACAGAUCGUUUUCAACGAGAACAUCACCAGUUUAGAAGAUACAAAAAUGGGUAAUUGCUUGGUCCAAAUUCCUAGCAUUCUGGAUAAGAUUGUUAGGGACGAACGAGUAAUCGUUAAGCUUUGUGUACGUACGUUGAAAAUCAAAGGGAUCGAACAAAAAAUUAUACUAUUGAAUAUAAAUGAUUCCGAAUGGAAAACUAUCCCAGUUGACCCGACAAGAGAGAGUCGGGUGCUGGAAAUCGAAAAAUAAUAAUCCUGUUUGGCCACUACGGCCGAAACGUAGGCAGCUAAAUAUUCUUAGAUGAGCAAGGUGUAGAAUUUUUUUGCAAAUACUGUAAACGUAGUAUCGCCCUUAGCUUCUAGGAAUUCCAACAUUGCCUACACUAUUCGACUUCUGAAGAGUGAUUUGCCGAUACCAGCAGAUCGCCUCCAGAACAUUGGUGCGAAUAUUAAUAUUAGAAACAUAGCCGGAGACAUAUGGCAUGCAACCUACAGGGCAUUUCCACAAGACAUUACUCCAAGAAGGAUUUCAUAGGAAUUGCUUCCUCGAGGAAUUAUUGAACAUCGCAGAUCUUAUAAUAUCACCGUUUCUGUACAGAUUUCAUUGAGACGCCCUGUAUAGUGUCACGCAGUCGCUUCGGUAGUAAGUAUAAAUUCCCUGCGAGGAUCUUCGUAUUUUCGGAUAGAGUUCAGGGAACUUUAGAUUAUGUUAGAAUUGUAUUUUUUUUAAGUAACCUUGUUAGAUUAGUUGUGUAUUUAGGUCUUUUAAAUAGAGGUUUAAAGUAAUUAAUUUUUGCAUACUUUGCACACAUACCUACCUAUAAUUGUUAGAUUUAGUCUCAUUAAAACACUGCCUAAAUAGAUACUUCUUGAAUUUUCUUAACAGUAUCCAGUAUCACACUUACAUUAUAAACGACGCCAUAUGCAAUAUCAGAGCUGUAACACAAUACUUAAAGAAUUUCAGGAACACCUUUUUAUUUAUUUAUUUUUUUAGAAUGUUAUAUUUUUCUUAAAAUGUCUAAAAUUUGUUAAAAUACAUAUUUGAAAACCGUAAAUGAACACGUAAUUAUUAUUAUUAUAAAACUUUUUUUGUUUCAUGUAUAAACUUUGCCUCCUUGAGAAUGCGAUCGUCUUGGAAGAAUUUAUCCCAACCUACAUCCUGGACGGAGGAACACCGUAAUGAAGACGAGGCCUGCCCGAAGAUUAAAAUUUCUGCAAGGUAGGACGAAAGGACGUCCCCCUAACUAAUGAGGUUUUCCAGGUUUUCCUCAUUCCUGCACCGAAUGGUGGUUGGGGUUUACCAAUUAAGACGCUCCUGGGCGCACAAGCGGCAUAUGGAGUAAUGGUAUGCCGUCCCCUCUCCCGCACUGGGCUAGUUGAAAUAUUAGAAUGAGGGGCAGAAACGUUUAUACGUUUUGUUACAUAGCUUGCAAUGUUACCGCAAACUGAGUGUAUAAAUAAAUAUGUUGUUAUUACA